UUUUGGGAGGUGUUGGGUGUAGGUUCCAGUCAUUUCGAUGACGUUGGUGUGAAUCCCACCACACAAGAAGGUGUUUCUUUUGAGAGCAGUUUGUGGCUCAGUGGGUUUGAGUCUGUGUCUGUGAUCGGAAGGUAGCCAAUAGUGAUUUUGGUGAUUUGACUGUUGUGUCCUUGAGUGAGGCCCUUUACCUUUGAUCCCCCCACGUAAUUCCACUUUGUUUUGAGGUCACUCUCAAGUUAAGAGUAAAAUCAGUGCUGCGUUUCAGGUUCAGUCUCAAACACGUGUUUGUUUGUGUGGCUUCUGCAGCUGCCUUUGCAUGAGAGAGAGAUAGACAGACCGACAGACACUUUUGGAGAGAGAAUGUUGCUGUGUUUGGUGUUUUGUGCAGCAGUUACUGCACGGCUAACCCUGAAGUCAUCCUUCGUAGGAGAUGUCUGCUCUGGUCAAGGAGUGAAAGGAACUUAUUUGCUCGGGGUGAUAGAGGUUGCAUGUUGAGCCUGUUCCUCAGGUGGGAUGGGGAGUGAAGAGAGGCCAUUGCUUAGCAGGGUCUCUUGUUUGGGGGUUUAGACCUUAUGGUGUGAACUGUACAUAAUAUUUCACCUCGCCAACCCAGUUUCUACUCCGAUUUGACGGAUUCUCGAGUCACGGUUAUUGUAUGUUGGAAAAAGUCUCGGGGCUGGGAAAUGUCAUAGACAGAUGGAGUGGAAGCUGCAGAGUGUGAGGUUACAAGAACGUCUGUCAGACGUUACAGCUCUGGGAUGGGUGGUGUCAGUAAUCAGCGGCGGCUUCCCCAUCCAAGGCCUGAGGAACGGCUGGAGACCACAGGCUUGUGUCAGCCAUGACGUCCCCUUCCCGCUGCCUUCCACACACGUAAAUCUGUACGCUGAACUCAAUGACAGGGUUUGAGGAGCUGGAAGCAGAAAUGAAACUCUGUCACUCUGAGAAGACACUUGAAAGGGUGUGGGACUGAAUCGCCAUGGUGAUGAUAAGAUCCAGUAUGCCCCAAGAAGGAUGGAACCCCUGGAGAUAUUGAGACACCACCCACCAGUUGCUCUCCCUCCCCUGCCCCGAGCGCCCCGGGUUCCACAGCCCCCCAGGAAGUGCCCGUAGCUGGCAGCGAUGCCUGGAUGGAGGGCCCAGGGGCGCCUCGUCCUACUUAACUCGCUCACCUGCGGGCUGGAGAUCUGCGUGGCGGCCGGAAUCACGUAUGUGCCCCCCCUCCUGCUGGAGGCGGGGGUGGAGGAGCAGUACAUGACCAUGGUCCUCGGUAUCGGGCCGGUGCUGGGCCUCCUCUUCAUCCCGCUGAUCGGCUCAGCCAGCGACCGCUGUGUCAGUAGCUACGGCCGGCGUCGCCCCUUCAUCUGGCUGCUCUCGCUGGGCGUGCUGCUGUCUCUCCUUAUCAUCCCACAUGCCGAUGUGCUGGCCACCCGCCUGGGCCGUGGAGGGCGCCCCCUGCAGGUGGGCCUGCUCAUCCUCGGCGUGGGCCUGCUGGAUUUCUGUGGCCAGGUGUGCUUCACGCCGCUGGAGGCACUGCUCUCGGACCUGUACGGUGAGGAGGAGGCGUGUGGCCAGGCCUUCGCCAUGUUCUCCUUCAUGGUCAGCCUGGGGGGCUGCGUGGGAUACCUGCUGCCAGUCCUGGACUGGAGUGGAGGGCUGCUAUCCACUUACCUGGGGGGCCAGGAAGAAAGCCUCUUUGCUGUGCUCAUCCUCAUCUUCGUGGCCAGCGUCCUGAUCACCAUGAAGGUGUCCAUGGAGGAGCCACCGUGCAGUAUGACCAUGGAGCCACGCCCCCUGGAGGCUGUCCGUUACACUACACUCCCACGCCCCUGCUGCCCGAUGCCCCGCUGCCAGGCUCGCCUCCGGGGACCUCGCCCACUGCUGUGCCUGCUCCAUGCCUGCUGGUCCGUGACCCCCGCUCUGUACCGCAGCUACUGCCACGUGCCGCAGGUUAUGCGCCGACUGUGCGCGGCGCAGCUCUGCAGUUGGAUGGCCGUCAUGUCCUUCGUCCUCUUCUACACGGACUUUGUGGGAGAGGGGCUCUACGAGGGUGUGCCCAGCGCAGCCCCUGGGACGGCGUCCAGGCAGCGCUACGAUGAAGGGAUCCGUAUGGGCAGCCUGGGCCUCUUCCUGCAGUGCGCCACCUCCACCGUCUUCUCGCUGGCCAUGAGCCGGCUGGUGCGCCGCUUCGGAAUGCGCCGCGUCUACCUGGGCAGCAUGGCGAGCUUCACGGCCUCCGCCCUGGUCGUCUGCCUGUCCAAGAGCGUGGCGCUGGUCACCGCCAUGUCUGCGCUCACCGGCUUCGCCUACGCCACGCUGCAGACGCUGCCCUACACACUCACCUGCCACUACCACAAGGAAGAGGAGGUUUUCAUGCCAAAAAAACAACCGAAAUGUAGUAAAAGAAAUGGAAGCCUGGCCUCACAUGAGGUGGGGUGUUUGACUGCAGAGAGCGCCAAUGGAGAGCUGAGCCGCGUGCUCUGCAACGCCAAUGGGGCCGCAUUCUUCGUGGGGGAUGCCACUGGACACUCCGGGCCCCUGAACGGCCCUGCGGCGGCCCCGGCUCCCCCCCCAGCGGAGGAUCAUGGGAAACGCGGAGUGGGUCUGGACUUCGCCAUGCUGGACAGCACCUUCCUCCUUUCGCAGGUCUUCCCCACGCUCUUCAUGGGCAUGAUCGUCCAGCUGACGGAGUCCGUCACCACCUACAUGGCCUCGUCCGCCAUCUUCGGCUCCAUCGCCAUCUACCUGGUGGGCCACAUCGUGUUCGAGCAGAAGGACCUCAGGAACUGAGAGGAGGCCAAGGGGGAAUAGAAGUAUGUCUGCUCUUUACUUGGCCAUUGCUCUUUCAACAUAAGGGUCACAUGCUGUCACUGUUGCCAUGGAGACUCAGUCCUCCCAUAGAUAUUUAUUUUUUUUAUAUUUCAAAGUUCUGUAUGGGUGUUUCUUUGAGUUGCAACCCUGUAACACUCACUCACCUCCUCCCUGCUGUUUUUAACGUAACCCACCCCUCCCUCUUUACCCGGUGUACCCCACACGCCAGAAAUAGUCCACUUUAAAGACCCAAAAACUGUAGGAAGACCCCAAAACAACAUGGUUAUCAUCCAUUCUGCCAGUGGCAGGCUAUAAUUCAGUGCUUAACGA